GCGGUUUUUCUUCUUGUCAUCAGCAUGACGAGAACGCGCUCUUUCAUGGACAUCGUCGCUGCUGCUCUGUUGCUCGUGCUCGGGGGAAAGCGCGCCCUCGUCGCCGCGGGCUCCUCCACAGUCUCCGAGCGCGGCCACAGCGCCCGUCUCUACACUCCCAGCGUGACCGCGCCGGGAGACACGAGCGCUUCGCCUUCGCCGUUCCACACAGAGAGUUUAACCGUAACGGUUCGAAGCUCCGACAGAGCCGGAGUCACUUAUCCCUCUCCGGUGGAGUCGGAGGAGCCGGAGCGGGAGCCGGAGAGGGAGCCGGAACCAGAGGGGCACAGCGGGACGCCGGUCUCGGAGCCCAAACGUAAGGUGCAAAGUAAUGGAAAUGUGAAUGAAGAAGGCUUGGAGUUCUCUUCUCCGAUGGCCAGUACCUACACCUUCUCCAUCAUUAGCCAAACUCAAGAGAAGGUUUCCUCUUCUGGAAUCACCCAGAGCACUUCUCCUUACAAAGAGUUAAACUCCUCAAGGCUCUCUACUCAGACUACUUCUGAAAUAUAUGAAACAACAUCCAGGUCCUCCUCCCAGACCACUCUUCUGGACUCUACUGAAAUCUCUCCCCAGACCUCCACCCAUGUGCCAUCUCAGAGUUCUGCACAGACUUAUUCUCAGAUCUAUUCCCAAACUUCUCCUCAAAACUCUCCAAGAGUUUCUCACUCUUCCACCCAAACCUCCUCUUUGCGGUCUUCUCCUCAAAACUCUCCAAGAGUUUCUCACUCUUCCACCCAAACCUCCUCUUUGCGGUCUCUCCAGACAUCAUUUCAGGCCUCUUCUGGGGUAUCUUCUCAGACCUCAUUCCAGACUUAUUUCCAGACCUUGUCCCAAACAUCCUUACAAACUUCUUAUGAAGCUUCUUCACAGGGGUCUCCCUUAACUUCCACUAGAUCUUUUAUUUGGGAUGCACAAUCGAUGAACGCUGACAGCCAGGACCGGAUGAAUGAGACCACCUCCUCUGUUUUUGACCAGUUGGAUACUACAUCUGGAUAUUAUAAUGCCUCAGACAGCAGGCCCUCAAACACUCAGUUUAACAUGCAGUCAACAGAUGUCACGCAGCCAUCUUUGGAUACAAUUUCACAAGACACCCUAAAUGCUACCAUGCCUCUUGUCUCUGAUGACACCAUGAUGGCUACCGAGAUUAUGCAGUACAGCAUCGUGUCAGAAGGAAGGGUUGUCCAUUCUGAAAAUAUUACCUUGCCGUUUGUGCCUCAUAACAUAUCUACAGAGGGAAGCACUUCCAGCACAUCCCAGCUGAUGAAUGAAAAUGUGGUCUCAUCAACAGACAACAUGAGGUUCACUGCAGAAACUCCCACAGAUUUUCUCUACACUCAUGACAGCAGUGAAGCAAACACUAUUAACGAAAACACAAGUCAUCUCACUUCAACAGUAGUGUCCCCUGUAAUAAUUACGGCUGCAGAUGACUCACUGAUAAAAGCCCCUCGUAGCCACUUUCCCUUCACUGUUGACACAGAGGAACAUGGCGACACCACAACGGUCCUACCUAGAAGUCACUGGACAGGAACACAAAGGUCAGAAUCUUCCAAGGACAAUAGUUCUAAGACCACUGCCAGCAAUAUGACCAUGACUCCUCCGGACGUACCAAGCACAACAGCAUGGCCUCAGACUCCACUCACCACACACACCACUGUGCAGAAGACUCAGACUCCUUCUUCAAGGAGUUCAACAUCUCAGAACCUUCACCCAACUUGGACAACAAGGGCAUUUUCUCAAAGCUCCUCAGGAAGAGGCCUUGUGACUCAACGCAUGGAGACCACCACUGCCAUGCCUGGAAACACUACUGGGUACAAAGCACCCACUACAACUGCAUACCGCCACACUACCCCAGUUCGGACCACCAUGGACCGGACCACCAUGGACCACACCACCAAACGCUUUAACGAGAGAGUGACUAUGGCUGUUACCACAACAACAUUUAGGUCCAUCAGCUCAAAAGCUCCAGCCAAGAUGUUCCUGGGUACCUUCUUCAGUGUGAAGUUCAGCAACAGUAGCUUUGACCUGCAUGAGAUCCAAAGGGAAAUCCUGCAGUUGCUCCACUCUUCACUUUCUGGUAUAAAGGGUUAUAGCAGAUCUACGCUCGGGAAAAGCAAGGUGGAGGGGGUGCGCAUCUCUGUCGUGAACACGUUUCUCAUGAGUGCGGAGGUGACCCGGGCAAACGUGCUGAGCAGCGUUCAGAUGUACCUGAGGAACUGCACUCGAGCAAUAUCCCACUGUCGCUCGGUGCUGCGCCUCGGCCUCUCCUACAAUGACGAGAGUCUUUGUGCAGCCCAGAAGACUCAGUGUAACCCACAGCGAGCGGAAUGCACCGAUACCAAUGGCCUCAUAGUCUGUCAGUGCCACCCUGGAUACUUCAAACAAAGUGCAGAUGACAUGUCCUGCGUUGGAUGCGGUGAUGGCUUUAAGCUGGAAAAUAGUACCUGUGUCCCGUGUGUGUUUGGAUUUGGGGGAUUCAACUGUGAACACGCUUACAAGCUGGUUGCAGUGGUGGUGACCCCAGCGGGGGGAUGUCUGCUCUUGAUUCUGCUCAUCGCUCUCAUUGUCACGUGUUGCAGGAAGGACAAAAAUGAUAUCAACAAGAUGAUUUUCAAGAGUGGAGACUUCCAGAUGUCCUCCUACACUGACUUCCCAAAGAGCAGCUCUGUGUCCAUGGAGUGGGGGCGGGAGACACUGGAGCUGCAGGACAAUGGCAGCACCAAGAACCUGCUGCAGAUGACGGACAUAUACUACCCGGCAGCGUUGCGGAACCCUGAGCUUGAGCGUCGAGGCCUUUGCCAGCUUUCUGGUCUGCCAGGUUCCCGACAUUCCUGCAUCUACCCGGCGCAGUGGAAUCCCUCCUUUGUAAGUGAUGACACGCGCCGCAGAGACUACUUUUGACCUGUCCUCAACGAUGGACAGACCAGGUGUUAUGGACCUACCCAUUAAACUGGUGGGUUGACACAGAAAAAUCUCUUUUCAAAUUGGGACAUUCUGCUAAAUGCUGGAGGAGUACCAUGGAUUUUUUAUUGUCUGUAAGAAAUCUGAAAAUUUUUGCUGUCUCUUAUUUCAGAAAUAUGUUUGGAUUUUGGAAAAAAAAAAUUAGUCUUAAUUAUUGUAAUAUAGCCUACACUGGCUCCAAAAUUGUGCACUACAGUUUUAUGACACAGACUAUAUUUGUUUUUUUGUUAACUGUCAUAAUCCAUAUACUGUUUCCAUUUAAAAGGCAAGAAUGUUUCCCAGCUUCCUCAAGUAUGGUAACCAAAAAUGAUGGUG